CACUGCGCAAGCAUCGGUUUAUCUCAGCGUCAUUAGUAAACAUUGUAUUCGAGUGCUUGAACAUGGCAAAACUUUCGCUUGUACUUUGUCUGCUCUUCGUCUCUGGCUGCACAAUUGCGGAGUGUUCAUCGCAUGAAGACUGGGGAUUACUGAAACGUGGAUGGAGUUGGUUUAAUUGGUAGUAAGUGAUGAAUUAUUAUGUUGAUUUAUUGACAGAUUUCAUUUUCAACGCGACUGUAGCUCAGGUAUCAACAGUAAAGCGCCGUUUACACGAGCAAAUUUUAUUUGACAAAUUUCAUAUGUCAGAGAUAUUUUGCUCGGGUAGAUGAUAAAUUUGUGACAAAUGUAUUGAUCAUUUGGGACAAAUGCAUUGGAACAAAAGCUAGAAAGCUAGCUUUUGAGCAAAUGAAAUUUGUCAAAUAAAAUAUAAUUUGCGAGGCACAGUGUCCGCAAUUCCUGAUAACAAGUAACGAAUUUAUUCAAAACGGACCGGCUCAAGUGCUCCUUCCUAAUGAACAAUGGCAGCCGCCAAGCGGUACAAUGACCACGGCAUACUUCUCAAUUAAGCCCUUUUUUAAAUUUUCAAUAUUAAUAGUUGUAAAUUAUGUUAAUAUUUUAAUAUUCUGACUUUAUAAAUGUAUAUGCAAAACAUUUUCAGUUCAGCUUUAAGCCUGUAUUACCAAGGUUGUAAUUUUAAUAAACCAUCUAUCUAUCCAUGUCCAUGAUCUAUACGACUAUAGUCUAUAUGGUCGUCAUAGUGUGCGCAGGCCAUAAGGGAAUAAAAUAUUAAACCAAUUCAUCAUAUUCCCGUUUCUAACGUAUAUCGGUUAAUACCCAGAAAAGGACAUGGAUUUGGCCAAUCGUCUAAAAAGGGAUGGCAAUAAUUAGAGUAACCAGAAAAUCAUACCUCCUCUAAUCCUCAGCCUUUUUUUACAAUUACUCUAAUACUGUAACAGUUUAUAGUAUAUUUCUACAUAAUAUAUAAUCUAACACAAUUUGCUUAGCCGAGGCAAGUUGGCAUAACUAUAAAACACGAGGAAACGUCCAACAGUGUUUUACCGAAGGCAUUUUUCUCAAUUCCUGGCCUUGUUUAAUAGUCUUAGAUGUUUUACAGGUUACAUCUUAGCAGCCACUCGGCCCUACCCUAACCUUUUAAAGAUUUAGGAAAGUCAAACCACAAAGAUAUGUGAACUACGUAGGCUAAGCAAUAAGCAUUGUGAUUGUGCAAUGCCACAUCGGAUCUGAGAUUGACCUAUCCUGAACUGUUGGCCAGCGAAUGCGUAAUCGCAAUACACAUUUCACCCGCAUUAUCCAUAAGUUGCCCUAAAUUUAUCUGCAAAUACACAGUUAAAACAUUACAGUUGUAUGCUUCGCUUAUAGGCAUUACUGAAUUUUUAUUUUAUAGCUAUUACUGGUAUUGGCAGCAUGGACGCUGGGGUAAAAUCAGCGACCACGAUACAAUAUGUCAGCGGCUUUGGGGAGUGGAUCACAACAGGAUACAGCACCAAGUAGAUUAUGAAAUUUUCUUACAAACGAAAAUUUUAAAGAACUCUAGUGUGGAUAAAUCCUAUAGGCAAUUGUUUCGCUAUGUCAAUAUGGCAAAAAUUCAAGCAAAGCCAACUUAUAAAGCAUUUAUUGGUAAAGAAAUGCUGCCUAUACAUGAUUAAUGAGCUUCUGGCAUUGGCAGCAGGACAGCCUGUCACAUUGCAUGCCACUAUGUAUUGAUGAUAUCAAUUCUUCAUUGUUUUUGUGUUUCAUUAGGUUUUUGUUUUGUUUUUGAGGACAAGAGCUGAUUAUUUAAAAGCAGUUUUUUUGCUCAAAGUCUACCUCGGUCUGCUUGACGUCAGUCCGGUUCUAUCUAUCUAUUCAUAAUGUAACCAGUCACUGAAAAGUCCUGAUAGGGAGUGUGCUGUGAAAUAUCUGUAUCGGUUUGCUCAACGAAAAGAUUUAAAUCAAUCUUCCCAGCAGGUUCUUCAUUAACAUCGAAAUAUUUUCCACAAAUUUAUCACGAUGAAUAGACGUUCUAUUUCCCAAACUUUUGAAAUAGACAAACCAAAUCAGCAUCUCAGUUAAUUUUUGACACAGGGCUGGCGCUAAUCAAGCUUUGAGCAAUCGGCUCCUGGUGAUUUAGCUUGAAAUAUUAAAAAAUCCAUUUGUUAAUUCAGCGAGACAAUGAAUUCUUUUAAAAAUGAAUAAACGAGCCCAACAAAUAAUUUUGAUACAUCACAGUCAUAUAUAAAAAGAAAUUUAUUUGCUGACGUUGUUUCUUUUAAUUUUGUUAUAGAUCUCUUAAAUAACUUCGAUCCUUCCAGCGACAGUGCAACCUCGCAGAACGGUGAAAUAGACACAAUUGUGGAAAAUAUUAACAAGUUUUUAUCUACUGUAACGAAAACACGUGUUUUUCAGGAAUUAUAUUGGUAUCUAGUUCGAAACAGUUUUGUUGUACCUGGCAAGGUAAGCUCUCUAGAGUAUGGAACAUUUCUCGUGGGAAAACUCCUGAGGAGUGAAGUUAUAUAUUACUACAAAAACUCCCUGAAAUUUAAUUCUAAAAUUGGAGUGAAAUAGUGCACUUCUAGUGAUUCAAUUAAUUUUAUAUAUAAGCAAAUCUACUCCACAUUUUUUUAGUAAAGUUUCCAGGACUAAAAAAACAGAGUACAUUUUUUAUGCGUGCAUGCAUUAUUUAACUCACGUUUUUUUAGUCAAAAUACCGGGGGUGGUUUAAUACGCAUUUGAUUGGUUAAUCGGAUCGAUUAAAUGCAUAUAAUUGGUUAAUGUUAGCGGUAGGGGAAGUCAAAAUCUGAUCUUCUCUAUUGAUUUAAGUAAUCCUACAGAAAUAUAAUUGAGUAAUGUACGGACAGAAUCUAUUUAAUAUAAUGCAUGGGUGAAUAUGUUUAAUUACUGCAUCAACCAAUAUUUGGUGUAAUAUUCUUCCUAUAGUAACGCGAAAGAGGCUGCAUGCUAAGUAGAUCUGAUUAGUUCACAACAGGUAUAAUUCUGAAUUAAUAAUGUUAUUUAGUAUUUUUGCAUAAGUGCAUGAACAUAACAAAUCCUAUACACGUUGAUUGGUCAAAUUUGACGUAAUAAGCUGUUAUAUUCACCUACAGGUGAACUAAAAUAAAGGAAAAUUAAAAUAAAUUCAGUCUCAAAAAACACAAAAGCUUGCGUAAAAAUACUUGUUAAAAUACCUCAGGCUCGGUGAUUAUCGGGGAAUAUUCACCUCGACUUUGUCUCGGCGAAUAUUCCCCGAUAAUCACCUCGCCUUCGGCGAAUAAUUGUUAAAUGUCAUAUUAAAUAGGAAUAAGUCCUCAAAUUUGAAGAAAGAUACGUGGCCAACUUGCAAAACUUAUUUUUUACAAGUUUUUAUAUAUUAAUUUUUACCAGUACUAUUACACAAUCGACUGUAGUGUUUCCUUAGCAUUUGAAUAACGAAACCAAAAUUACAUUUACAACUUUCUCUUUAAAUUUUUAAUGAAAGAUCUCCUACAUGCAUGUUUUACCAUAUUUUUACUUGCUCUGGCAAUCCUUUUUUUCACCAUUUCAUCUGUAUUUUCAAAUUAUUUUGACCGCUUUUGCUCAUUUUUUCUCUUUCACGCAGGCACAAUUUAAAGAAUCUCUAUUUGAUCUUUGGUUCAAUAAUGGGAACAUUACCACAGCAAACCCAUCUGCGUUUCAAAAGGUUUUUGUGGGCGAGAUUGUCAACAAUCCAUAUAAACUGUCGGUUCGUAAUUGGAUUCAGUUUCACAUGCUGGAGUCGUCAAGAUUGAAUUAUUAUGGAUAUGUUGGCUACUAUCCUUAUGACGUAAGCGUUCUAAUUCUCUAAUUUAGAGAUCUAAAUAUUUGUUGUUAAAAUGAAAUUAAACAACAUUAGUUAA